AUGGCUCCUUGGUCUGAUCUUCCUAUAGAACUUGUUGAAAGAAUUAGUAAAUUCGUCAACAGCAAUAUUGAUGUCCUUCGCAUUCGUGCAGUCUGCAGUUCAUGGCGUUCAGCAUUUUCUCCUAAUUUCAAAAUCCCCAAAUCUCAGUUUCCCAUCAAACUGCCUUUCCCCAACGACCUAUUCUGGCCUUAUAAUGACAUAUCUCAUUGUAAUUUAAUCGAAAGCACAGUUUAUCUUUUACAACUUCCUCAUCCUCCUCACACAGGCUGGUUAGUCAAGAUUCUAAAAACAUCACACGGAGAAUUGAAGAUUUUGAAUCCUCUAACCAACAGAGUAAUUGGUGAUUUGCCUGAUCAGAAAUUGAAUUUACUAGAUAUACGUGUUUCUCAAGUUUGUAAAUUCUAUCAUGUCCAUUGUGUCUUAAACUAUAACUUACAUUGUGUGCUCGGAUUUGAUUUAUUUAAUAAAAUCUUGCCUAUUUGGAAUGAUCAAACCAAUCAUUUUUCUGUAAUGGCAACUAGUAUUUUUGAUCACUUAUUGUGUUUUAAGUCAGAGGAUGAGAAAUGGACUACCUUGAAAGAUCCCACUAGUAAGAUUGUCGAUAUUAGUGUGUAUAAGGGGAAUUUUUAUGCUGUUGGUACUUAUGGAGAGACCAUAAUGUAUGAUCCCUUGUUUAACCAGACCAUCGUAUCUUCCACCGUCAACAUAUUUAACGAAUGGGGCAGUAAGAAACGACUGGUGGAAUCAGGUGGGGAGUUGUUUCUGGUUGAUAUGUUUUUAGAUACUGAUGUUAAGACGGAGUUGCAUGGUUCUCAACCUUCAUGGAAAUGUCCCAAAGAAAUUAAGGUUUACUGGCUUGAUGAAGAACAACAUGAGUGGAUUGCAGUGCAUACAUUGGGUGAUCAAAUUUUCUUUGCUGGUGACAACUGUUGUUUCUCUGUUUCUUCAUCAGACUUUGGUGAUCAGUGCAGAGGAAACUGCAUUUACUAUGUGAAUGGAGGUAUCAUUGUGAAUAUGAGUAGGCGCCCGCCAAAGUACUAUGACUAUGACUUUGAAGAUUAUUUGGUAUGUGGUCUUAGCGAGGAGGUGAAAUUUAGAUAUAAAGGAUUACAUCGUCAUCACACAGGUAUCUUUAGCUUACAAGAUGGUAAACUUGGUUCAUUGUUAUCCUUCCUUGAAUAUGCAGAUAUUUUCUGGCCACCCCCAUCUUGGCUUUUUACUGACGAUGAUGAGGCAGCUUCUAAAGAGUUUUGGCAUUUUGUAAUUGAUGAUAGACAUGUAAGGUCGGUUAAUGACAGGCCCUACAUGAAGAAGGUUUGGUCUAAAAGGUAUCAAUGA